UCAGUUCCACUAAAUUCCUAUAAUUGCCUCAAACAAGAACUUGCAGGAGGUGUGCAUGAUUCUGAGUAUGCCUCUGUGGAGAGCUUUCUUUCUGUGGAUUGGAAUAAGCGCUAAUGUAUAAAUGAUCAGGAUUCUCUCCCUAACACUAGAAGAGUCAGCUGAUUCCACAGCCAAAGCAGUUGCAACCCAACAACAGUUGCUUAACUCAUUGGCCAGAGGAGUUUUAGAUACCUCAUUGCUGAGCAGGGAGGUGUCCGUGCAGUAACAAACACCACCUGUUGUACCUGGAUAAAUAACUCUGGGGAAAUAGAGAUCCAGUUACAGAGAAUUAGGGAGCAAGCACAUUGGCUGCAACAAAUUUCACCCAAUAACCCACUAGACAGUGGGUUUGAUUUAUUUAGCCUGUUACAAACUGUGCUGUUGUAUUGUUCUUAAUCCUGCUUUGUGUACUUGUUGUUAAACUCUGUACCUAUUACCUGUUGAACCUUUGUAAACAUGACAAACCUAAUCAGCUGAUGUUAACUCAAGAAUUUCUAAUGAUUUCUGAUGCUUAUGAUCUCGGACAACUACAGACUUUAAAUAAGAGAUGCUUGAGAGUUCUCCCCCAUGGCCUUCCUUGUUACUCACAUGUGGCCUCAAUGGUUUCCAACCACUAUGCACUUUCCCUCCACCAUGGGACAUGACUACUAGGAAACGUCCUUCCUGGCACCAGGGGACAAAACCACUACAUGCAGAGAACCUGACUUUUGAUCAGCAAUGCUCUGGAAGAAGAUCUUGAUCAAAAUGGGAAAAAGUGAGAAUUAAUAAGGGGAAAUCUCAUUUAAAAAGGAGCUGGGAGGCCAGAAAGGGGAGUUCUCAUGCAGUACCACUUGAGGUCAAUCACAUAAAAGAUAAUCAAUCAUAGACCCCAACAGAAGUCAUCAACAGGAAAGAAUCAUCAUUUACAGGAAGAAAUGUACAUUGCAUCUCAAACAGAAACCCAGUACCCCAGCAAGGGAGCCAAUGAGAAGCCAUCGCCACUCUGAACUCUUGCUUUUCUCCAAUGGAUUUUCCUUCAAAACAACUCCUCCCAAUUUCUUCCUUUUUCCCUAUGAAAUAACAUUCCCCUCCUUUGAUUGUUGGAUUUGCCCAUGGUCUGCCACAGCAUGCACAUUCCGAAUUGCAAUUCUUUAGCUAUUCUGAAUAAAUUCAUUUCACUGGUAAAACAAUUGAGUUUUAUUUUUAAGGUUCAUAAUCCUUGCCUGCAUUUAAAUGUCUAUGAGCUUCUUAAAAAAAGGCCUUCCUCCAUACACAUACCUCUCCUUCUAUCUUACAACUGCUAGGUCCCUGUAACAAACUUCUUGAAAAAAUUGUUUACAAUUACAUCUCUACUUUCUAAUCUUUCACUCACUCAUUCAAUAAAUAUUUAUUGAGAGCCAACUAUGUACCAUAUACUGUUUCAGGUGCUGAUCACUGAGCAAUGAAUUAAACAAAAUCCUUGCUCUUUUAAAUCUUACAUUCUUGUGAGGGGAGACACGUCCAGAAAAAUUGUCCAGAACUUGUAAAUGGGCAGAAGAGGAUUACUGGGUGCUCUUUCAUUCUAGUGCUGUGGUUUACAUUUGAUUGACUUUAUAUUGACUAGGCCAUCUUACAAUUUUGUUGGGGUAGAGGUUAACUUGUAGAAAACUGAUGGCAAAUGCAAAUAAUUCUUGUCUGAGAGCAAUGCAAAUGACUCCUGUGCAUAGUAAUGCAAAUGAAUUUUGUCCAGUAAAGAUAAAAUUGAUUUUCAUCUGGGAGAAGAGAUAAUCCCAAACAUUACAGUUUAUUACCUAAUAAAAUACUGUUUUUGCAAGUAUUAGCAAAUUUAUUUCAGCAUUCCUUCGGCUGAUAAUCUAAAUCUCUAAAACUCAAAUUCUCAUCUGAAUAAGUCUUACCAACUUACUGGUUCCCUCAUUAUUUAGGAUAGUAAUGGAUGAGUGGUUUAUGAUGAUGAAUAAAAUCUUCGGGAUGUGUUCAUUAUAUAUUUAUAUAAGCAUUACAUUGGUUUUUACCCCUCUCCUUUUUUUGAGGAGGAUUAGCCCUGAGCUAACAUCUGCUACCAAUCCUCCUCUUUUUGCUGAGGCAGACUGGCCCUGAGCUAACAUCCAUGCCCAUCUUUCCCUACUUUAUACGUGAGAUGCCUACCACGGCACAGCUUGACAAGUGGUGCCAUGUCCGCACCCGGCAUCUGAACCAGCAACCCCGGCCUCAUAAGCGGAAGGUGGGAACUUCACCGCUGCACCACCAGGUCACCCCCUAGCAUUAUGUUUCUAACCUUCUGAAAAUUACAAUUUAGCAGACUAUAAGAAAAUAAAUACAUGUCAGGUGGUAAUAAAUUAUAAGAAUAAAAGCAGAGUAAGAGGACAGCUAUUAAAGGUGCUGUACGGCCCAAUCAGUCAACCAAUCUUGUAAUCCUCUCUUAAUCGUAAGUGGAAUCCAUCCUCUUCUGUCCAGCUUCACUGCCACCACACUAAUCCAAAUCAUCAUCUUUUCUCACCUGAUCUCCCUGCCUUACUCCUACCUACUCCUAUCAUCGGCUGUCAAGAUGAUCAUUUUUAAAAACGCUCAUCUGCACAUGUCCCUCCUCUCCACUGGCUCCUUGGUAGACUGAAGUUUUGUGGGGGCUAAAACUUACACAAUUCGGGAGGCCUUCUUUAAGAAAAAUAAUAUAAAAUUAGGUACAGGGCCUUAAAGGGGGCAGUGCAAACGACACAUCCUUAGCUUCACUCUAAAUCCGUCCCUACCCACAAGUCUAGCCUCGUUUUUGUUGUUGUUGUUGUUUUUUAAAGAUUUCAUUUUUCCUUUUUCUCCCAAAGCCCCCCGAGUACAUAGUUGUCUAUUCCAGUUACAGGUCCUCCUAGUUGUGGCACGUGGGAUGCCGCCUCAGGACGGCCUGAUGAGCGGUGCCACGUCCGCGCCCAGGAUCCGAACCGGGGAAACCCUGGGCCACCCAAGCCGACCGCGCCAACUUAACCACUCGGCCACGGGCAGCCCCCUAGCCCGGCUUUUAUCUACCUUAGGAUCUUGUCUCCGCGCAACUUCUGCCUAGAAGGCCCUUCCUGCCCCUUUUUAGUUAACUCUUUAAGUAUUCAACUGCCAGCUCCCAGUCCUCCCUGAUCCCCCAACUGGGUUAGGGACCUUUAUGGAGUCUCUCCCAAUGCUCCAAGCAUCCAGGCGAAACCACCAUUAGGUGCGAACGGUUGCUCCUUUCCAGCGCUUUCAAAGAUCUCUGGCGGGGCGGCGUUUGCACCGGGGAUGUAAAGGUGGGCGGAGCCUCGGGAGACAACAGUAAUUCCCUCCUCUUUUCGUCCAGAGUGGCGCGCAUCAUCUCUACGGAACCCGCGAGUCUCGGGUUGCGGUUCCGGUCGGAAUUACCCCGCUGAGCACGCAGACAUGGCUGCGCUGAUAGUGAGAGGUGUUCGGGACGUGCUGAAGCGUGCAGACUUCGCGACCGUCCCGCGGAGACAUCGACAUAAGAAGAAAUGGGCUGCCACAGAGCCCAAAUUUCCUGCCACUCGACUGGCUCUGCAGAAUUUUGACAUGACCUACAGUGUGCAGUUUGAAGAUCUUUGGCCAUCAAUCCGGGUCAGUCUCCUCUCAGAGCAGAAGUAUGGUGCAUUGGUCAAUAACUUUGCUGCCUGGGACCAUGUGAGUGCUGAGCUGGAGCAACUGAGUGCCCGGGAUUUUGUGAAUGAAGCCAUCUCCCACAGGGAACGGGAGCCUGAGAGUGGCCAAACUGCAGUUCCAUCCCCAGCCUCCUGGGCCUGCAGUCCCAACCUUCGAUGCUUCACUUUCCCCAGAGGGGAUGUCAGCCGUUUCCCUCCUGCCAGGCUUGGCAGCCUGGGUGUCAUGGACUACUACCUGAUGGACGCUGCCUCCUUGCUGCCUGUCCUGGCCCUUGGCCUGCAGCCUGGUGACACGGUGCUUGACCUGUGUGCAGCCCCUGGGGGAAAGACACUAGCAUUGCUUCAGACUGGCUGUUGUCGCAAUCUUGCUGCCAAUGAUCUCUCCACUUCCCGAACAGGCAGACUACAGAAGGUCCUUCACAGCUAUGUACCUCAAGAUAUCAGGGAGAGGAAUCGAGUUCGAGUUACCUCAUGGGAUGGCAGGAAGUGGGGAGAACUGGAGGGGGACACCUAUGACCGGGUGCUGGUGGAUGUGCCCUGUACCACGGACCGCCACUCCCUUCAUGAGGAGGAGAACAACAUCUUUCAGCGAUCAAGGAAGAAGGAGCGGCAGAUGUUGCCUAUGCUGCAGAUGCAGCUUCUCGCGGCUGGACUCCUUGCCACCAAACCAGGAGGCCACGUUGUCUAUUCUACCUGCUCACUCUCACACUUACAGAACGAGUAUGUGGUACAAGGCACCGUUGAGUUCCUGGCCAAUCAGUACAGCAUCCACGUUCAGGUGGAAGACCUGACUCACUUCCGAAAGCUUUUCAUGGACACAUUCUUUUUCUUCCCCUCCUGCCAGGUUGGAGAGCUGGUAAUCCCAAACCUCAUGGCCAAUUUUGGGCCUAUGUACUUUUGCAAAAUGUGUAGGCUGACGUAGCCUUACCCCAUUCCUGAAGCCCUGGUGUAGGAAGACAAAGAGUGUACCCCCAUGGAGGCACCAGAAUCUCAGAUCAGAGGCAAAGAUGCGCUCUGGGUCCUGUCUUCAUCCUGUUCAAGUCUUUCUAUAGACAGUUUUCAGCAGUCGAAAGUAGGAGUUUUUCAGUCCUGCUGUCCAAUUGUGGAGCAUCAGCAGGUUUCUAACUUAUUACACCUCACCCCAACACCCCAUCACCAAGCCUGUGCUGAAGUUUCCUGCCCCAUUGGGGGCUUAGGAGGAGGAGCCAGUGAGCUGGCCUACACUUUAAGCUGUAAACUUGGGAAGAAGCAUUUAGCCAAUAAAAUUGUUGAAGCUCCAUAGAGCUGGGGCUGAAGUUGAGGGCCUCAUGUCAGUCAAAGUGCUGUUAGUUCUGUUUGUACCAGCUGCUGCUACUGAACACCAGUUCCUAGGUGCCCAAAGCCCCGGACAUCAGCCUGGUUACAGGCCUCUGGUUACAGAGCCCUUCUUACACUUGAGGCAAGUUCUGUGUGGUCAGUCUUGAGCCCAGUGGGCCCAAACAAGCCUACCUAGUUUCUCCAUAUGGCUCAUGAUCUAAUUUAAGGAAUGAGUAACUAAAAAUGUUAAGCCAAUGCGUAAUAAUCUCCUUACUUACAUCAAGAGAGCUCUCCUGAGCUGGAUAAUUCCACCAUUCCUCCUGCUCUCUACAGCACUGCUGCCUAAGUGUGGCUGGGGAAGCUGCUCUGCCCCAGGGCUGCGAUGUUCUCUUGUGUGUUCCUUCCAUUGUUCAUUCCUCCAGCAGGUAUACCUUGAGCUCCUAUCUCACAGGUAGCCAGGGAGCUGCUGGAGUUGUAGCAGUUGGGAUCGUGGGAGAUAAUAAGACCUCAUCCUUUGGAAUGGCAGCUCUCCUCCUUUGGCUCUCUGAGCACUUAGGAAUCUCCUGAUGUCUUGUUAUAUUCUACUUUUUGUUUUGUUUUGUUUUUUCUCAUUCCUGGUGUGUAACUGAGCUCUGGCUCCAGUUCUUCGGCCCAUCCCUAAUCCCUCAGGGCUCUUCCCGCAGGGUCACAAGGCCUUACCUCACACCGUGUUUGGGGCGACAUUACAUCAUUUACUGACUGUAUGCUAGUUGUGUUGUUUUUGUGACUUUAGCAUGAAGAAGGCAAUACUUUAAUGGCAGGGAUAUUAAAAAUUGCUUAUGGUCACUUGCAGAUAUUGCUUUUUUUUUUAUUAAAAUUUUUUUUCUGGGGACGGCCCCAGGGCCAAGUGGUUAAGUUCG